AUGGAAGCACCACGCUUCAUCGCGUAUGAGAGCACCUCUUCAUUGACAUCUGUCACCCCCGCGGUGCAGGGUACCGUCCUGGAGCUCGGACCGGGAACAGGCAACCAACUCUCAUACUUUAAGUCCAGCGCCAUCACCCGCGUCUACGGGGUUGAAUACAAUCUGGAGUUUGCCGAGGUACUGCACGCUAAGGUCCGCGAAAACAAUCUGGAAGACAUUUACACCCCCGUGUUCUGUGACAUUCUGGAUGCAAAUGCUCUCGAGAGACAUGGCAUCGUGGAAAAUAGCAUCGACUGCGUGACUUCUUUCCAGGUUCUGUGCUGCACGCCGGACCCGACAGCGGUAGUUGCCCAAAUCUGGAAGCUGUUGAAGCCAGGCGGCGAAUUGGUCUUUUGGGAGCAUGGCGCGAGCUCGGAUCCAUUCACGUUGUUGGCGCAGAAAUUCUGGACACUGUUCUGGCCCACCAUCAAAGGAGGAUGCUACCUGGAUCGUAACAUGAGGGACAUUCUGUUGAAGUCGGCCGACUGGGAGGUCGUUGAGUUGAGAUAUGAAGGGGAGAAGGCGUCCAUGAUGCCCAGAACCCUUGGGAGACUCAGGAAGGUGGUUGCUGAGUAG